CACACACACUCUCUUCCGCUUCACCUGUGGCGGUCGGCGAGGUUUCCCUUUCUGCAGUUUCUUUUACCCCCCGAUUGUUUUUCAGCUAACCAAUUUCAUUUGCAGACUUCACUAACCCUAACUUUACUACCUAAUUUCUGUCGGAAUCUUCUGUCGCAGAACCAAUGGGAGAAACUAAGGACGAAGGAUACGAGGAAGAGCUUCUUGACUACGAAGAGGAAGAGGACAAAGCGCCCGAUUCCGUUGGGGCUAAAGUCAACGGUGAAGCGGGCAAGAAGGGAUAUGUUGGUAUACACAGUUCCGGAUUCAGAGAUUUCCUUUUGAAGCCAGAACUCCUCCGGGCUAUUGUGGACUCAGGAUUUGAGCAUCCAUCUGAAGUUCAACAUGAGUGCAUACCACAAGCAAUCCUUGGGAUGGAUGUAUUAUGUCAAGCUAAAUCCGGAAUGGGGAAAACGGCUGUCUUUGUGCUCUCAACUUUGCAACAAAUUGAUCCUGUCGCAGGCCAAGUUUCUGCUCUUGUUUUGUGUCAUACAAGGGAAUUGGCUUACCAGAUAUGUCAUGAGUUUGAGAGGUUCAGCACCUACUUGCCUGAUCUCAAGGUUGCUGUUUUCUAUGGUGGUGUCAACAUUAAAGUUCACAAGGAUCUGUUGAAAAAUGAGUGUCCUCAUAUUGUUGUUGGAACUCCUGGGAGAAUACUAGCGUUGACCAGGGAUAAGGACCUUUCUUUGAAGAAUGUUAGGCAUUUCAUUUUGGAUGAAUGCGAUAAGAUGCUGGAAUCACUCGACAUGAGGAGGGACGUGCAAGAAAUUUUCAAAAUGACUCCUCAUGAUAAGCAAGUCAUGAUGUUUUCUGCAACACUCAGCAAGGAAAUUCGCCCAGUCUGCAAGAAAUUUAUGCAGGAUCCUAUGGAAAUUUAUGUUGAUGACGAGGCCAAGUUGACCCUUCAUGGACUAGUUCAGCACUACAUCAAAUUGAAAGAGGAGGAGAAGAACCGCAAGUUGAAUGAUCUUCUUGAUGCACUUGACUUCAAUCAAGUAGUCAUCUUCGUAAAAAGUGUUAGUAGAGCCGCUGAGCUGGACAAACUGCUUGUGGAGUGCAACUUUCCGUCUAUAUGCAUUCAUUCUGGCAUGUCCCAGGAGGAAAGGUUAAAGCGAUAUAAAGGAUUCAAAGAGGGGCAUACUCGGAUUCUUGUAGCAACAGAUCUGGUUGGAAGGGGCAUUGACAUUGAACGUGUUAACAUAGUCAUAAACUAUGACAUGCCUGAUUCUGCAGACACCUACUUGCACAGGGUUGGCAGAGCAGGAAGGUUUGGCACCAAGGGCCUUGCAAUUACAUUUGUUUCUUGUGCUGCUGAUGUUGAUGUUCUCAACAAUGUUCAAUCAAGGUUUGAGGUGGAUAUAAAACAGCUUCCUGAGCAGAUUGAUACCUCUACAUAUAUGCCAUCAUAAUAGAGGCGUAUGAAGGUUGUGUGCUUAACCUGCUACCAACUGUAAGCGUAGCUUCGGCAGAUUAAUUGCUUUUGGAUAAGUGACACGAGGCUUCAGAUGCGGACUAUCCACCAUGCUGAUGUCUCAAGUCCUUGUAGAUCUACAGACUGAAAAUGUUGACCUCCAUAGGGGUUUAUCAAUAUUAGUUGCUGGGUAGUACGGUAGCUUAUAAAUUUAAAGGAUUUCAUUCGCUGUAUUAUGUAUUACGUAGAUUUGCUCUUAGGAGCCGCAUUUCUUGUUUAUGUCGUGUUCGACUCAUUUGGAUUGGGAAUGGGAAGUGGAUGCUGGUGCGGAAUCAGGUAUAUGGUCUUGACUAAAUGUUUCGACGUGGGGGUUUAGUGUGGAUCUGCGCCUCGGUUUAAGGAUGCUGGUGACUGGAGCACGGAUUUGGGCGUUCUGAGUCGAGAUUCCAGAUCAUUCAUUUUCUGUAAGCUAUGGAAGCAAAUUACCAUUUUGGGAGUUGAGACUUAUCCCAACAUAAAUCUUUUGAUGCUUAGAAAGUUGUACUGAUUUAUAUUAUAUUGAGCAUAUUAGCACUGCUAUUUUGUUUGAAUAGUUUUAUUUUUGUGUAGCAUACGAGGAAGAUGGCUGUCCUGAUUUAAUUUUAACCCAAGUGCGUGAAUACCCAAAAAAUGCGGAUUGGCAUGAAUUGUUUUA